AUGUUCCCCAAGUCAACCCUCCUUGCCUUCGCCUUCGCGGCAGCUACUUCUGCCCAGCAGAUUGGUACCUCGACUGCCGAGACCCAUCCUACCCUCACCUGGUCCCAGUGCACGUCCUCGGGCUGCACGACCGAGAGCUCUGGUAGCGUUGUCCUUGACGCUAACUGGCGCUGGCUGCACACCGUCGGCGGCUACACCAACUGCUACACCGGCAACGAAUGGGACACCACCAUCUGCACGUCCGCCGAAGUCUGCGCGGAGCAGUGCGCGCUUGACGGCGCGGACUACGAGGGCACCUACGGCAUCACCACGUCCGGUGACGCGCUCACCCUCAAGUUCGUCACCCAGUCGUCGCAGAAGAACGUCGGCUCGCGUGUGUACCUCAUGGCAGACGACACGCACUACCAGAUGUUCAACCCCCUCAACCAGGAGUUCUCCUUCACCGUCGACGUCAGCCAGCUCCCGUGUGGCCUCAACGGCGCGCUCUACUUUUCGCAGAUGGACGCGGACGGUGGUUUGUCCAAGUACUCCACCAACAAGGCCGGUGCUCAGUACGGCACCGGGUACUGCGACUCGCAGUGCCCACGUGAUAUCAAGUUCAUCAACGGAGUAGCCAACCUCCAGAACUGGACGUCGACGUCGACCAACUCGGGCACGGGCUCCCUGGGCUCGUGCUGCAGCGAGAUGGACGUCUGGGAGGCCAACUCGAUCUCCGCGGCGUACACGCCUCACCCUUGCUCGGUCAACGGUCAGACGGAGUGCACGGGCGCCGACUGCGGCGGCGACUACGGCCGUUACGCGGGCGUGUGCGACCCCGACGGGUGCGACUUCAAUUCGUACCGCAUGGGCGAUACCACCUUCUACGGCAGCGGCGAGACCGUCGACACCUCGCAGCCCUUCACGGUCGUCACCCAGUUCCUCACUUCCGACAACACCACCACCGGCACGCUCUCCGAGAUCCGCCGCCUGUACGUGCAGAACGGCAAGGUCAUCCAGAACUCGAACACGGACAUCAGCGGCCUCUCGACGUACAACAGCAUCACGGACGACUACUGCACCGCGCAGAAGACCGCGUUCGGCGACACCGACUCGUUCAGCUCGCACGGCGGCCUCGCCAAGAUGGGCGACUCGUUCGCCGCCGGCGUCGUCCUCGUCCUGAGCGUGUGGGACGACUACGCCGCGCAGAUGCUCUGGCUCGACUCCGACUACCCCACCACCGCCGACGCCAGCACGCCCGGUGUCGCUCGCGGCACGUGCGCCACGACAUCCGGUGCUCCGGCCGACGUCGAGAGCUCGGCGGCCAACGCGCAGGUCAUCUACUCGAACAUCAAGUUCGGUGACAUCGGCACUACCUACUCUGCUUAG